CCUCCUUGUCAUACUGGCGCCUCCUGACCACGCCCCGUCCUCCGUUCCAUUGGUGGAAGUGACGAGCCGCCGGAAGAGGUGACAGUCCGGUGCGGGGAGCAGGGUGAGAUAUUGCAGCCAUGGCGGACUCGGUUCCUAACACUCCUCCUCCUCCUCCUCCCCCCCAAGUAGGGGCAGUGCAAUUUAUGAUGGCAAAUAAACUUGACACUGCAAUGUGGCUGUCUCGAUGGUUCACGGUAUAUUGUUCAGCAUUAUUUAUUCUUCCUCUUUUAGGAUUAAAUGAAGCUGCCAGUUUCUAUCAACGUGCCUUGUUGGCCAAUGCUCUCACCAGUGCUCUUCGGCUGCACCAGCGGUUACCUCACUUCCAGCUGAGUCGGGCAUUUCUGAGCCAGGCUUUGUUAGAAGACAGCUGUCAUUACCUGUUGUAUUCACUCAUCUUCGUCAACUCAUACCCUGUUACUAUGAGCAUCUUUCCAGUUCUGCUAUUUUCAAUGCUUCAUGCAUCGUCAUGGACAAAAAAAAUCUUGGAUGCCAAAGGUGCAAACAGCAUGGCACUUGUCAGGUCUCUUCUGGACAGAAUUAAUGCCAAUCAGCAGAAUAUACUGAAGUUCAUCGCUUGUAAUGAAAUCUUUUUAAUGCCUGCAACUGUUUUUAUGCUGCUCAGUGGUCAAGGGAGCCUAUUACAGCCAUUUAUUUACUACAGAUUCCUGACACUGCGUUAUACUUCCAGAAGAAACCCAUACUGCCGGACUCUGUUCACGGAGCUGAGGAUUAUCUUGGAGCACCUAGUUAUGAAGCCAGCGUGUCCGGACUUCGUCAGAAGACUGUGUCUCAGCAGCAUUGCUUUUGUCAGCAGACUGGCACCGACUGUUGCAUAACUUAUUCUUAAAUUAUACAAUGUGUAUGUAAAUGAGCAUUAGCAGCUGGUAUUUCUGCUCUCUGUAUGAUAAUAUGGUCGUUUUACAACUACUGCAGCCGAACGGCGUCCAGACCGGUCCAUGCGAAAUGAUGCUCCUAAUGCCUUUUUAUAAACAUCUUGCUACAGUAUCUUAGAGUUUUUCUGUGACAGUGUCCCCAGUCAGUGAAUGUAGACUUCAUUCUUUUUUGUAAAUAAUACAAGUUGUGGUACCAAACCUUGCUUGAGCACUAUCAGGGAUCUGAUUUCCAAUGAUCGCCUUAUAGAGAUGCAGCCUCAGGUUUUCCUGCCCCGAGCUGCAGAAAUGCACAGACAAAUUUAUCAGGAACAGACUGUUUUUUGUGAAGGAACGCUAGUGAAGUCUAAAAGUUUUAGUUCUAAUUUCACUGGAAUACACUAGAUUUGAACAUUGUGUAUAUUAAAAAGAUUUAACUUUUUGUCCCACUUAUAUUCUUUGUAUGAAGACUGCUAUUGAAAUGUAAACUAGAGUAGAGAAAACAAAUUCUUUUAGAGCAUUUGGGGUAUCUAGCUUUCUGAGAUGUCAAUUUCAUUGUAUUUUUUUUAGUUGAUCAGUGUACACAAAUGCAAUAAAAUUCAUACUUGCGCCAUUCAUAAUAAAUGUUUUCAUUUAAAUAUAUUCAGUGAUGGAUCACUGCAUGAUUUUGGUUGUUUUUUUGUAUUUAAUGCACAGGUUCGCUUUUGGUUUAUAUCAACAGUCAUCAAUACAGUGAAAUUCCAUAUUCAUUCAAAAUGAAUAUUAAUAAAGAAGUCAUUGAUACGUCUUAUGUUUAUACAUGUUUUUAUUUGGUUGAUACACCUUGUUUUAAAACUACCUCAGACUUGUGACAUUCUUUGUGUAUGUGAUUCAGCCUUACUCAAUAAAAACUGCAGUCUGUUCUGG